UCGGAACGAAGAGGAGGCUCCCUUCGGCCCGAAUAGCCCGCGACCGAGGACCCAAGAGCCGCUCCCGUCUCCUAUCUCUUCGCUGACGACCGAAGACCCGGAGACAUGGUGCUCGCGUUCCUCGCGCUCCUUGGGCUCCUCGCGCUCCCGGGGCCGAACCCGGGCCUGGCCGCGGGUACCGGGGCCACGUGCGCCGCCAGGUGCGAGGGCGCCAACUCGACCCGGGGCGCGGACGCGAGGCGCCUCCCGAGCCGAGUGGCCACCCUCGAGCCCCGACGCAACGACUCGCGGCAGCUCGGACACCUUGACCGGCUCGGCCAGCUCUCGGAACCCGAGGCGGAGGUCCCGGCCACCGGCUGGUUCACCGACGUCCCGCUGCUACCGAUCGUCUUCGCCACCUCCCCCUCGCUCCAGGACGGCGCCUGCAAGCGGCAAGCCGCCAGGUUCUUGAGGGAGCUGCACAACGGCACCCUCUGGGCCGUUAAGAUGUACGACGCGUCCACCAAGUACCCCAACGGGAUCGUGAACGGUCACACCCGGCACGUGGGCAACUUCGACGAGUGCUACGAGCUGCGCAUCCCGCCUCCGGAGACUCGACAUGGCGAGGGCGACGCCCCCGGAAGGUACUGCCUGGUCGACGUCGAGUACCGGAGAGACUCGGACCUCGAGCUCCCCUCGAAGGGCCCGUUCACCCUGGAGUUCGAUCCGAACGACUCCGCGUGGGAAGCCAUCAGGGAGAAGGGCGACUUCCGCCGAGUCAAGAGGUACAUGAUCCAGGGAGCCCUCUGCGUGCCCUCCGCCUGCAGCGCGGCGGACAUUGAGGCGGCCCUCCAGGAACCGCUCGGCAGGAUCGCGGCCUCCAGGGGCAUCCGCCUGCGGACCUCCGUCGACCCGAUCCUCUGCCAGUCCCGAGACGAGGCGCCUCGGUUCACCCGGGGCUCCGCGGUUUAUGGGCUCAUCGUUCUGGCUCUCUUUGCCCUGGUGACGAUCGGCACGCUAUGCGACGCCCCCUCCGACAGGGACGACGACCCUGGGACUUCCGUAGGAAGAAAGCUGCUCUCGUGCUUCUCGGCGCGGAGGAACCUCGCCAGUGUCUUCACCGUCAACUACAACCACCCGGGCCUCGACUGCAUCCACCUCAUGCGCUUCUUCUUCACCUCGCUCGUCGUUCUAGGGCACAGAAGCUUCCAGAAUCACAUCAACUCCAUCAACAAUGCCGACUAUUACGAGAAGGUCUGCUCCUAUCCGUUAACGGCGUUGUUCCUGAACGGCGCGACCGUCGUGGACGCCUUUCUCGCAAUGGGAGGCCUGUUGGGAACUUACUUCGACUUGCACGAGCUCGACAAACGCGGACGCUUUGACGUUCCUAGUCGCAUCCUGCUCCGCUUCCUGAGAGUCACUCCUGCGUACGCGAUGGUCAUCUUCUUUGAUAUUCUGGUUUUGCCCGUGCUCGGGUCGGGACCGCUUUGGAAAUCGUACGUCCUCAAGGAGAGGGACAAUUGCGCCAAUUAUUGGUGGGCGAAUAUUUUAUUCCUCAACAAUUACGUCGGAGAGCAGAACAUGUGUCUCUUCCAGUCCUGGUAUCUGUCCGCCGACUUUCAAUUGUUCCUGCUGUCGUUGCCGAUCGUCUACAUAUUCUGGCAGCUUCCCCGCAAGUACGGCUACGGAUUCCUCGGAGUUGCCAUUGCGGCGAGCUGCGUGGCCCCUUUCGUCUUGUCUUACUCGUACAACGUUAGCCCCAUAUUCGUAGGAUUGCCUCACAUGCGCGAGCUCUUGAACGUGGAGUACUUUUACAAGUACUACGUGAAAUCGCAUCUGCGCAUCACGUCGUACUUGGUGGGAGUGUUGACCGGGGCGAUCCUCUACGACUUCAAGGGAAUCAAAUGGCGACUGCCGAAAGUGUGGUCUCAAAUCUCCUUCAUGGUCCUGGUGGUCGCGCUCAGUGUCACCACUCAAGCCAUCGGUCACAAGUACUUCGACCCCAACAAGUUGCCCGGUCGUCUGGAGGCCGCGCUCUACGCCAGCUUCCACAAGUGCGCCUUCGUCGUCGCCAUGUGCGCGGCGCCGAUUCUAUUCACCAUCGGUGACGGCUUGAAGUUCCAGUACAAUUUCUUCACGCCAGCUUGGGUGCAACCGUUGGCCAGAUUAACGUACGGCGUCUACCUCGUGCACGGCAUCAACCAAGCGUACUCCAUGGGAGUCGCUCGAACUGCCAGGACCGCUACCGUACACGGACUGGUAUUUGACUGGAUUGGCGACAUGGUUCUAACGUUUUCCGUGUCAUUACUUAUAGCGAUUACUAUCGAAGGACCUUUUAGAAGAUUCUCCAAGCUCCUAUUCAUAGAACUGGAAAAGAAGAGACGAAAAGAAAGAUCAUCGAGGAUCACGGAGAAGAAGACCGACUAGUCAAAGACGACUUAUUAGAGUUAACUAGCCAGUAAAUUAUUCCGGUGUAAAUUAUGUACAUUUUAUGCAUGCGUACUCUAUUCGUUGUGUAUAUAUUUUACUGCAUUACCAUGUGCGAAACGUUUCUUAUUAUCUAUACGUAUACAAUGUACAAGAUGUUUGCUUAGAACUCCACGUACUCUUUUUUUUUUUUUUAAGUGACCGACGAGUUCUUAAAGAGGUAUUCUCGAUACUCGGUAAAACGUAUUGAUCGGGAAUCCCAUUCCUCUUCUUCCGUACGUAGUAGAUCAAAGGCGAUUACUCGAGGAAUUCAGGCAAGGUGCGAAGAAACGAUUACGUAAAAGAUCCUUGAAUAGUUUUGGAAACGUCACGAAUUUCAUAUGCAAUUAAAAGUCCUUGGAACAUG